AUGAUUAUCCGCAUCCUCACCAAUCUCCGGGCAAACACCCAGAGUACCCCCAGCCACCCCAAAGGCAGCAAUCGAUGCCCUAUCCGGCCCAGUCGCCUUAUCAGUCUCCCGCGCCGUACCCUGCCCGACCCGCCCCUCCGUCACUCCAGGAUCCGCAAUAUGCCAAUGUGCAGUCCCCGUCGCUACGCCGAUGUCCGGGCCGAACCCGUUUAA